AAUUAAGUUGACAUGACAUUUGUCAUUUAAUCUUUAUCAUGCAUACCAAAAAAAUGUAUCUUUACCCUGUGAGAAAGAUGGAAUUUAGUAGAGCUGUUUCAUGGUACAAGUGGGUUCAGGCAGUCCUUUUCAAAGCCUAAAAUACUUAAUUUCAACCCAUACAGAAUGUGCCCUACAGCUGGAUACUUGCCUGUGUGUAAUGAUGACCAAUUGUGUACCUUUUGUACUCUACUAAAUUACAUGACCAGCAGGUGGCGCCUUUUAUCUUUCUUUCAAGUUUUACUCUAUUGUAUUAAUCACAGAUCAAUUUGAUAAAUCAAACAUGACUUUUAUUUACGCUAACCUAAUUAUCCAUACACAACUGACAUCUGGACCCAAUUAGAAUGUCUAUAAUACUCUCCCAUACCAUAAAUUACCCAUUCUCCAUAAGUAUCAUGUCCUUUUCAAACUUAAAUUCUAUAAUUUUGUAGCAUUCAAAUGUACAGUAUUCAAUUGAUUUUAUUUGUAGAAUUUGGCUAUCAGGCCCCAUCAAAAACAGUCAUGAUGGCAUGCCCCUGCCAUAGCCCUUCCAUCUGACAUCUUAGAAAGAAUAAUGUACUGUUCCAUUUUCCCAUAAUACAUAGCCUAAAAUGCCAUGUGGGGAGAAUAUACUGUAUGUCAACAGGGCACAAACUGGAGCAAAGCAGGGAUUGCGGGAUAGGGAACUACAGGGUGGGGUCACUGUUCUGUGUGGGCGUGGCUUUGGCCAUAGUAGUGGUUUUAACAGUAGUCAUCAGAGGAGCAGCCAGCCAGCCUCUGACCAACACUGGGCAAAGAGCGAGAGGCAACACAGGCGAAACGCCUAAUGGUAAGUGGUUUUGAAUUAAAUUGGAGACUACAGGAUUUGAUUGAAUGUAAAAAUGGGAUGGAAUUUCUUUUUACAUGUAGUUUUAUUGCAAUUUUAAGUCAAACAAGAUCUGAAAUGGUGAGUUCUGCAAUGACAGAUUGGUUGAUAAAAUAGUAAACCGUACAUCUCUGAAUGUUUAUCUGAAGUAUCAGUGAUUGAUAAAGUCCUAUACUUUUAAGUGGUGUCUGUUCUGAUUUGUUAUCCCUUCCUCAGCACAACCCAAGGAUGCAAUCCACAGUGGUCACGGUGUCAGACAUGGAUCGUAAAACCAGCCGCACCAACCAUGAGACCCAGGACACUGAAGCAACGACCCCACUGAACCAUGUCCCUGACGGGGUCACCCUGGGCACUGACGUCCCCUGCUGGUACUACUUCACCAGGCCCAUCCUGGCCAUCCUUAUCGGCGGAGUGCUGUUCGGCUUGGGCACGGCCCUCUCCCUGCUCUACUUCACCCAGGUGGGGAACGUGCCCUACCUGCUGGGUCCUGUGUUCCUUUCUGUGGGGCUCAUGUUCCUGGUCACGGGGCUGGUGUGGGUGCCUGUGGUGAAACAGAGACUAGAGCACAAGGCUCUGACCAAGGUCAAUGGCAAGGCGCUUCAGGUGGACGAACAGCACUGAAGAGCCAUGGACUCUUCAAGCUAAAACUAUGUUCUGUUUUGUAGAGUAGGUCAACCGUGUUAGUGGGGUUUUCUCCCAACAUAAUUCUGAAAAGCACACUUCCUAAAAGAUGUAUAAUUGUGUGAGGCAGGUGUAACAUAACAUAGAUGGAUUUGUGUUUAUUAAAUAUUUUAUUUGUGCAGGUUAGUCUUAUUCAUAUAGGUUCCAUCUUGCAAGAGAGACCUCUGUGAAAUGCACUGUUUAUCUUCUGUAUGUAGCUCUUCUCUAGGCCCUAAUACAAAUAUGGGAUUGAAUGACCUCGUCCUGUAAAAGGGAACAUCAUGUGAUUGCUCUGUUGGAGGGUUUUAACAUGAUCAGAACAUGGCCAUGCUGCUGCGUCCCAGGCUAUCCCAUCUGUCUGUCUGAUUGUGAUCUGUAAUAGUUGUUGUUUUUCCACCAUAAGCUGCUGUUUUCCUUGUAGCUGCUGUUGUAGUGAAUUGCUAAAUCCUUUAGAAACAGGAUUACAGAGUCAGAAAAUUAUACCGGACAUUAUUAUAGCUGAUUGUUGAAAUCAUGAUGGACAGUUGGACACUGAGUGGUAGUGGGUGCACCCUCGCUCUGUCCCUCAAUACUGCUGCUGGAUUAAAUAAUCUAACCUUUUAUGUUUCUGGGUCAAAAAGAUUGUGUCCAUCUGGUCAAAAGCAAAAAAAAAUUAAAGGAGGUGGGGCCAGUGGGAUUUGAAUUUGGUCUAAGUUAGCCAAUAUGUUUACAUUUUUACCUAAACUUGAGAUGUUAGUUUUACAUUGCAUUUGUUCAUUCAAUCAUUCAUGUAGGCUACUCUGAUUCCAUGUAAUAUCCAACAUUAUGAGAGCAGCAAGUCUUCAGGUACCCUUUAUCUUCUUUCUAAAUCUGUAAUUUUAUUUAUGAACAUAAUGCAG